AUGACAUAUAGAAAUAGGCAUAAUAAGAAAAGUUUUAGAUCAAAUAAACCAUAUAAUCAUAGACAUCAACAUAAUGAUAGAAAAUAUAGAAGUUAUUAUCAUCAACAACCUUCUAAAUAUGUUUAUGUAGAAGAACCAAUUAGUGAAGCUGAUGAUGAAAGUGAAGAAAUAAUAGAUGAACCAGAAGUUUAUUACGAUGAACCGGAAAUUUAUUAUGAAAAUGAUAGUGAAGAAGUUGAACCUGAAAUUUAUUAUGAUAGUGAAGAAGAAGUUUCAUCAGAUGAGCAAAUUGAAGUUCCAAUUUAUUUUGAUGAAGAAGAUCGCGAAGAUAGUAAUGAUGAAGAAAUAGUUUAUUAUGAUACUGAUGCUAGUGAUAGUGAUAUUGAUCAAGAAAUUGUUUAUUAUGAUACUGAUUCUAGUGAUAGUGAUAUUGAUCAAGAAAUUGUUUAUUAUGAAGAUGAGACCGACUCUGAUGAAUCAUUAGAUGAAAGUGAAAUCGAACAAGCUUUAAUUGAUUACAGUGAAGAUGAUGUAAGUGAAGAUGAAAGUGUUUUGGAUGAUUCUGAAGUUGAACAAGCUUUAAUUGAUGCUAGUGAUUUCGAUAGUGAAGCUGAAUACAUUAUUGAUAUGAAUGAUGAAUUACAAGACAUUUUAUUAGAUGAAUUAGAAAAAGAUGGUCAAGUAAUUGAUUUGAAUGAUGAAAUUGUUGAAUAUUACGAUGAUGAAGUAACUUCAACCAGUGAAUCAGAAAGUGAAGAUGAAGAAUCAAGCGGUACAGAAACUAUUUAUAUUGUUAAUGGUAAUGAAGAUUCAGAUACAAGUGUAGGUACUUCAAGUAGUUCAUCAGACGAAGAUACUUCAGAUGACACAAGCUCAGGUACUUCAGAUGAUACAAGUUCAGAUAGUUCAGAUUCUGAACUUGAAGAAGAUAUCAAAAAUCAAAUUAUUUUAGAAAAUGUUAGACAAGAUUUUGAAGAUGGUUUAAAUUCAUCUAGUGAAACGUCUAGCUCAGAAGAUGAAAGUAUUGAUUUAGGUCAAGAAUAUUUUGAAAUUGAUUCAUCAUUAGAAGAUUCAAGCGAAGUAUCAUCAGAUGAAGAAGAAGAAGAUGGUGUUGUUAUUUACAGAAAUCCAGAUUAUUAUUUACCAGAUGAAGAAGAUCUUGAUACUGAUGAAGAAUUAUUAUUAGCUCAAGAUUCAGAUGAUGAAUUAGAAGACGAAAGUGAAUUUUCAAUUAUUGAUUUAUCUGAAGAUUUAGCAAAUAGUCAAGAUUGUCAAUUAAUUGAGGUUAAUGAAACUUUAUAUAAAUUGAAUGUUAGAUUUCCAUCAUUAGUUAGAGAUGAAUUAAAAAUUGAAUUUUUAAAACAGGAAAAUGAAUUGAUAAUAAAAGGUAAAUUAAAUUUAAAUGGUGCAGAAGCCGAUGAAAUUGAACCAAUUGAAGAAUUAGAAGACGAAGAUUAUGUCAGUCAAGAACCAGAAGAAGUAUCAGAAGAAGAAGAAAGUGGAGAUGAAGAUGAAUUAAGAAAAGAAAUUGAAGAACAUUUAGCUGAAAAGAGAGACAAAUAUGAAAAAUUAUUAAAAGAAAUUAUUGAAGAAGAAGGAGAUGAUUAUAAAGAAGAAGAAGAUGAAGAUUAUAACGUCGAUGAAGAUUCAAUAGAUGAUGAUACUGCAAAUUGGACUGGGUUUGAAGGUGAAGAAGAUGAAGAACAAGAAGAUUUAGUUUCAGAUUUAUUAUCAGAUCAAGAAGAUGAAGAAAUAAAAGAAGAUACUGAAAAAUUAAAAGCUGAAUAUGACGACCAAUUUGUUUAUUUUGAAAAACAUUUCCAAUUUGAUAAAUUAAUUAAAUUUGAACAAAUUAAAGCUAAAUUUAUUGGUGAUGAUGAAUUAGAAUUAACAAUUCCAAAUGAAAAUCAAACUAUUGAACAAAUCAAUAAAUUUGCAAUUGAUGUAGCUCCAUUAGAAGAAGAUAAAGAAAGUUCAACAACUGAAGAAAUUGAUUUACCACCCCCGGUUUUGAAAGAUGUUGAAGAACAAGAAGAUGUAGUAAUGGAAUAA